AUGUACGACACAUACAGUGCACUGUGGUUAGCCGAGUAUAAGCCCGACCAGAAUAUAUACAUAUGCUGUCAAUCCAAGACAUCCAAACAGCGAUUCCGUGAAGAGUUCUUUCGCUAUGCCAUGAGUUUGGGUCACAGAAUGCCGGCCAAGGGUUGCCUAUUGUACACACUGUGCGCCUACGGGUGCAUGGAUUUGGUCCGGUAUGGCGUACAGACCACUAACCCUACCGAUAGGUCCGAUGACCCGGACUACUUUCAUACGAUGGUAGAGGCCUGGCAGCUUGGACAGGCCUACGCUAGUGAAGUGCAUAAUAAUGUGAAUGAAUGUAGGAAUGUAUGCGCGCCUACUUACCCAGAGUGCAGCACGGGUACCAGUAGUGAGUUUACAAACUGGUGGAACUGGUGGUGGUUGAAGGUUUAUGAGAAAGGUCAUUUUGCCGGCAUGGCUAGGCAAAAGUUUCGGGAUGACUUUUUCCACGUUAUGAUGGCUGUGGGAAAUGUAUUGCCAAAGGCCUGCCAACUGUACACCCUUUGCACCGCUGGCUGUGAAGACCUGGUCAGUUACGGCAACCCGGGUACUAAUCUCACUGAUAGCACUGAUUACCCGGAUCACCUUAGAGAAUAUUAUAGGGCCUAUUAUACGGGUCAUGGAUAUGCCGGUGUUGUUGGUAAAGAUGUAGGUGCUUGUGGACCAAAGUGCAUGGGUAGUUAUGGUGAUUGCCGUACGGAUACUGAUAGUGAUCUAGCUAAUGUCUGGAAUUUGACCUGGAUGCGAGUAUAA